AUGGAUAACCUCCAAACUCUCCAGUUGACGGUGGACGCCGACAAGGGCGUCGCCUUGAUCCGAUUCGACCGACCCGCCAAGAGAAACGCCUUCUCGCAGGCCAUGAUCGGCGAACUUGUCGCUACUCUGGCUCAUCUCGAUGCCUUGGACACUGUUCGCGCUGUGGUUGUCACUGGUGGCCCAGACGGUCCUUUCUGCGCUGGGAUGGAUCUGAACGAGCUAGUGCAGAUCUCAACGGCCGAGGCCCACCAGCGCGCCUUUCUGAAGGACUUGACAGAUGCCUUCGCCAGGCUCUCCAAGCCCAUCAUCGCGGCUGUUGUUGGAUUUGCUUUGGGCGGUGGCUGCGAGAUUGCCCUGGCGUGCGAUAUGAUUUACGCGGCCGAAGAUGCCUCGUUCGGCCUUCCAGAGAUCAAGAUCGGAACUAUCCCAGGCGCUGGCGGCACUCAGCGGAUAGCCCGUGCUCUGGGCAAGCACAAGGCCAUGGAAUUCGUUCUCACGGGCGAGCCAGCCAGCGGAGCCGAGUUUGAGCGACUCGGCGUGGUGAACAAGGUGUUUCCUCGUCAAGAUGUUGUGCCUGCGGCACUGAAGCUUGCGGAGCGUAUCGCAGUUAUGUCGAGCCCCGUGAUCAAAACGGCGAAGCAGGCGGUUCUCACUGGUUGGUGCCCUUCCGUAACCCUUGUUUACCCCUAUGGAUAG